AUGGCAGAUGGUGGGACAGAUCCUGCUGUGUUCACCUCCAGCACUCUGCCCUCAGAUCCCCGCCUCCUUGCGACAGUGACCAAUGCCUACCUGGGCACCCGAGUUUAUAGGGACAUCCUCCAUGUAAACGGGGUGUAUAAUGGGGCAGUGGGGGACACUCACCGUGCCGAUGUCCCCAGCCCUGUCAACGUCAGAAUCAACGUGCCUGGUGAGGAUGGACUGACAGAGACCUUCACUUUGAACACCAGGACAGGGACUUUCAGCCACUUGCUUCAGUCGCCAGGUUACACCGCCACCCACAGGAUCUACGCCCACCACUCCCUCGUACACCUGCUGGCCUUCAGCAUCACCAUCAAGCGAUCGACUACCAAAGGCCCGCCAGUGACUGUGCAGCUCCAGAUGCAAUUCACGCCACAGAGCCGAGAUCUGGACUUGCACAAGGGGCAGGACUUCCAGGGAGCUCAAUAUAUCUAUGGGAAAACUUUGAUCCCCGAGGUGGAGGGGGCUCCCCAGCCCACGGUGCACAUGAUCUGGACUCCGGUGCCACAGGCUGUGACCCUGCCAGGGGAGGAGCAGGAGAGAACCUGGGAGUUCCUGACCGCCGUGGCAGAGAGUGAAGAGGAAGUGAAGAGAUGCUUUAGCGAAGGAACGUCCCUGAUUGCUGCUGGCUCCCUAUACUCCUCUCACACCCAGGCCUGGGCAGCACUCUGGAAAGGAUGCCGGGUCGAUGUAGAUGGGCCUCUCCCUUUGAGGCAGGCCCUGUAUGGAUGUCUCUAUUACCUACUGAGUGCAAUUCCUCCCCUGGAUUCUCCUGACUUCCUCUUCCAUGGAAUCAGCCCCGGCGGGUUAUCCAAUGGCACACAGGGAGAAGACUACUGGGGGCACGUCUUCUGGGACCAGGACACGUGGGUAUACCCAAACAUCCUGUUAUUUUACCCUGAAGCAGCCCGAGCCAUCCUGAAGUACCGUAUUCGAGCACUCAGUGGAGCCCUGAAGAACGCCCAGGAGCAGGGAUACAAGGGUGCUAAGUUCCCUUGGGAGAGCGCAGCCACGGGCCAGGAAGUCUGCCCUGAAGAGAUUUAUGGAGCUCAAGAAGUUCACAUCAAUGGGGAUGUUUUGCUGGCAUUUGAGCAGUAUUAUCACGCCACACAGGACCAGAAGCUGUUCAGGGAGGAAGGAGCCUGGGACGUGGUCAGUAUGGUGGCUCAGUACUGGUGCAGCAGGGUGGUGUGGAGUCAGGAGGAGCAGUGCUACCACAUCAAAGGUGUCAUGCCCCCAGAUGAGUAUCACUACAGUGUCGAUAACUCUGUUUAUACCAACGCCGUGGCCCAGAGGAGCUUGAACUUUGCAGCCGACGUGGCCCGUGAUUUCCAGAUCCCUGUCCCUGAGGAGUGGCAGGAGGUUGCCAAGAAAGUCAAAGUGCCGUUUGAUGCAGCCAGGAACUACCAUCCAGAGUACGAUGGGUACAGCCCAGGUAAGCAGGUGAAACAAGCUGAUGUUGUCUUGCUCGGAUACCCAAUGAUGUAUCCCAUGAGCUCUGAAGUCCGAAGGAAUGACCUGGAGAUGUAUGAACCUGUCACUGAGCUGGAUGGGCCAGCUAUGACCUGGAGCAUGUUUGCGGUUGGCUGGAUGGAGCUGAAGGAGAUCCAGAGGGCGCAGAGUCAACUGAACAAGUGUUUCAACAACAUCACCGAACCAUUCAAGAUCUGGGUGGAGAACUCCGACGGGUCAGGAGCUGUGAAUUUCCUGACGGGCAUGGGGGGAUUCCUGCAGGCCAUCCUUUUCGGAUACACGGGGUUCAGGAUCACCAAGAGCAGCCUGAACUUCGACCCCAUAUGCCCGGACAACAUCAGCAAACUCAAAGUCACUGGAGUCUCUUAUCUUGGAAGCAAGUUGAACUUCACACUCACCAAAGAGAACGUUAGGAUAAAGGUGACAAAGUCCUCCCGUGACCCACAGCUGGCCCCCCUGGAGGCUGUGCUGGUAGCAUCGGGGCAGCGCAUUCCCUUGCCCGAAGGGCAGAGCAUCUCCUUCGACACAGCUGCUGGCUGGAUCCAGAGAGCACCCACCGAGCCAUUUUAAGUUGUAUUUGUCAGGGCAGGUAUUAAAACCACCAAAGCUAUGCAAACAUGGCAGGGAGCAGGCGUCCUAGAGCAGCGUGGCCUGGGAGCCCCUGCUGCAUUGUGGAGCAGACUGAGGUUUGGCUGCACAGGCCCGCUCAUAAGUGACGUGCUCCGGGGGGAGGCUGUUUGACUUCCCUGCUUCCUUUGUGGCCAGUGAGCGGAUGCUUGGAAAAUGCUAGACCGAGGUGGGGAGGAGGGGAAAGCACCAUCCUCCUGCUCUUAUUGCCCUUGGAAAAUGGUUUUAUUGACAGCUGAAUUUGAUUCACCUCCCAAUUACCUGCCCUUAUUACCUCCCUGCAGAUUUGCUGACCAAUAUUUACCCCUUCUCUGCUGGUCUCAGCUCCUGCAACAUCCCUUUGAGCACCCAUUUAUGGCACUUCCUUAAGCUUGCGCCUAGUACCUUUGGCAGCAUGGGAGCUGGGUUUUGCCCUCCGUGCCUGGUACAAUGUGUCGCACACACAUGAUGGAGUGACAGCAGCUGCUCCAUAGUUAAUAUGACAUGUCAUUUUCCAUCACAUGGUGAGAGUUUCAAAGGCACAAGGGGCAGCUAGGCCACCUCCAAUUCCCAUUUGUGCCUUUGAAAAUCUCUCCCUAAAGUCUGAUUUUGGCCACCCACCUAAAACCCACCAGAUGAAGGAAUAUUGACUCAGAUGGGUAGGUUAGCUCGGGAACUGAGGAGGAAUGUUUCUACCCAUUCUGAACAGAAUUGCGCAAGUGAGUCCUGCAUUGCAACCCCCUGAAAAUAGGUGUCUGCUGAAAUCCAAGAAUUUGUCUGGCUUUAUUUAUUGCUUUGUAGCAGAAAACCAACCAGAAAGAGAGAGAGAACGCAUAGUCUGCUAGCUUCCCCUGGCUGAAACUUCAUGCCCAGCCCCACCCUUUCGCUGCUUAGUGUCCAACUCUAAAAGUUACUGUCAUUCUGAGCAGGUUCCCGAGAAUGGCACGUUGGCUCUGGCAAUCUCAUUUGGGCUCAACUGGGGUUCCAGACCCACUGGGCCUGACUCUAUUCUCCAUUCCACCAGCAUAAAGUGGGAUUAUCUCCACUGAAAGCCAGCGGGUCGCACGGGCGCAAUGGACUGGGGAAUCAAACCCAUUACUUGGUAAUCACCGGCCAGGCGCUUGGAGGGUACAGUGCACAAAAUGGAGACAGUCCCUGCCCCAGGUUGGUUACGCUUUAAAAGAGACGCACGCUGGGGAACCCAGAGGAGGUAUUUUAUUGGCUAAUGUCGUUGUUGCUCCCUUGGGGACACUGCGGAAGACUGUGUGGGUAGGAGGGUGGGUCUUUUGGAGAGGUGCGGCAAGCGGCCCGCAGGGUGGCUGUUGGAGAGGCGCGGCCAGAGUAGAGCCCCACAGAGAGGCACGGCAAUCGGCAAU